GAUGUUAAACCAGUCGUUAAGACCACUAGUCAAUGUACAAGUGCGAUCAGUUUCUUCGAAGUAUCCACGUCCAACUCCACGACAUUUCAAACGCCGUUUAUUUGAAGCUGCGUUAAAACCGGAGCUCCCACCAACUGUGAACAUGUGUAUUCCACCGGGACUUAUUAAGAGAGAACAUACGGGAAAGUCGAAAGAGUAUUCCGACGUAGAGCUAGCCUUGUCGAAUUUGGUUCGUGAUUGGAUGGUAAGGGAAGAGUUUCGUGUGAUGGCUGUAUGCCAAUUCUUACCAGUUCCUGGAAGGACUCUGUGGUUUGCAAAAAAUCAAUUGCGAUCAAAGAAUAUCGAGUUCAGAAGUUACGGAAAUAAGAUUCUGAAAAAGAUUUUUGAUAAAACUCCGAUGUCAUCCCUGAACACAGUUCUUGUUGGAAAUAACGCCAUCCUUCUAGCCAAAGAUAUUUCUGCUAUCAAAUCAAUUCUUCAAGAAACCGAUAAACUUAAUUGGAUCGAACCACUUGUAAUGAUGGCCGAUGGUAGAAUUGUGGAUAUGGUGGAUGCUCGCGAACUAGCAAAACUUUCUUCACUUGAAGAUCUUCGAGCACAUACAGUACAGCUUCUUGGACAACAAGUCGCGCAAGUCACAAUUUCUCUGGAUACAGUUACACGUCAUCUCCCAUCACUUUUGGAUUCUCAUAUCUCCACAAACCAGGAAGCAAAAAAAUAAUAAUUUCGUUUUUUUAACAGAAAAGCUAGUGUAGAUUUGUUAUUGAAUUUUUUAUUACCAUAAAUCCAUGAAAGCUA